AGAACUACUACCAUAGAUUAUACACGUAAGACUAUAAACUGUCACAGUCUUAUUUAUUUAAAUUUAUUAUUUUAUCGAUAAACUCUGAAUUAAUUAUUGUAUACCACAAAAACAUCAGAAUUUAUAUAACUUACAGUAUAUUUAGGAAACAUUCACAACUACAACAAAUAGGUACAUACCUAUAUAUUUUAGUUGUAUGCUAACUAAACUAAAUGCAUUGUGCACUAAAGAAAUCAAAACAAAAUAGCACGUAGUCCACAGAACACUAUUACUUCUAGCGAAGACGUAGUCAUGGCUUAUUCGGAUAAUGAUGGGGUAUAUGGUCUCCUUACAAAUUUGUGCAGUAGAACCGCUUCGAAGUACUACACUCACAGUAGAAUUUCACAGAAAAUACUAUACACGAAAAUGAGAUCUCACGCUUAUGAAAUAAUAUUGAAAAAAUCAACCAAGGAGUAUCCAACGAAAAAGCUUAACCCAAUGAUUGGCUUACUUUCUCAACUCUUCAUUUAUCAGCAAAGUACUAGAAACAUCACAGAGUAUAAACGAGUUGCAGAACUUAGUAAAGUUAUUCAAGAAUUGAAGUCCACUGAUUUUGGUGACUGUGAAGAUGAUGUUCAUAAUGUGCUAAGGUUUUUAAUUUCGCUUAGCGACUGUACCCAAGAGGAUCAAUCAACUGUAAUGUAUCAUAAACCAUUUUCAUUUGGAUUGUUAGAUGAAAUGUUACCAAAGCCUUGUCGUCAACCAUUUAGCUCAACCCAACCGUACGCAUACUAUCCGUCACAUGUGUUUCAGCUGCCAUUCUCCUUGAAACAUCAAGGAUCAAAUCUGGAUAGUCAGAAAUCACAAAAUUGUACAGAGUAUACUGUAGAAAGUUUUGACUCUGGAUCAUUGCUUUUAGAUUCUACACAACGAUCUCACAAAAGAAAAGAUUCAGACUUAAAGACAUUCCUUAGUCCAAUGUCUUUAGCUUCUAUGACAUCAACUCAUAUGUCCCCAUACUCUGAAAAUAACAUAUUUAAUUUACCAAGAUUGAGGACACCAAGGGAUUUAACAAUACCAUCUUCUGAACAUGCUGAUGUAAAGAUAUCAUUGGCAAGUAACAGCACGAAAGACGAUCUCAAAGAGAUGUUCAGAGCUCAGGUAAACGAUGAGACUGUUGAUGUAUGGGAACUUGCAUCUCAAAUUGAUAAACAUAUACCUGAUUCCAUUUGGGAUAUUGUAUCAAAAUUACCACCUAUAACUGAGAGACAAUUAAUAGCAUCUUCUAAGCGAGAAAUAGGACUAUGGCAUCAAACAUACUGUGGAAUGAUGUCUGAUCUCGAUAUUAUAACAGAGAAACAGUUCAUUAGACACAUCAUGUAUUUAAUCAUUGGCAUCGAAACGACUUCCUUUCCAUUUAGCGAGGAGUCAAAUUGUUUUUAUAUGAAGCACAAUCUUGUGUUAGAAGGGAUAUCAAAGGAACAUAUCAAGAGAUAUGUCUCAGAUUUAAUAUUAGUCGGAACUUAUUACAGGAGGUUGUAUAAAUUCGCAUUUAAUCAAACGCUUGGAGAUCAUUUUCACAGUAAAGGAUUGGUUUACGAGGCAGCCAGGGAAGUCAUAAGGCGAUAUUUAUUAGAAUUCAGAUUGAUCGCCACGCAAAUCUACGAAGACUGUCAGAAGUGUGGCUCCGAAGACAUAAAUUGUAUGCCGACAUUACUGCAAAUCUCAUAUCACAUUGAACCGUUGAAAUACGAAAUAGAAACCAUUGUUUCUAUAUACAAACUCAUUGAUUCAGAUCCCAAGGCCACAUUACCUCACGGAGCAGAACUAAUGUCUUAUUUGUUCAACGAAAUAUCGCUGGUGACCCACAAGAAAACUGCAACGAGAAUGUUUUAUUCGCUGUUCGCGAUAUGCAAAGUUUACUUCAAAUUCAUAGAGAAAUUCAUAUUUGAAGGCGAAUUAGACGACAGGCAUACUGAAUUCUUCAUACGAAAAGACUCUCAGUACGUCAAUUGUCAGUCAAAGAGGUAUUGGGAUAAAGGUUUUCAUAUAACGCAAAGUAUAGCCGUGCCGGAAUUCCUGAGGCCCCUGGCAAAGUUUAUAUUGCUGUGCGGAAAAUCUCUGAGACUAUUGAAAUUGUGCAAUCCUAAUGAUCCACUGAUACUGUUAAUAUCGUCAGAUCACCCCACAGUUAGAACUUGCGCGAACUUCGAAGAACUAGAACGCCAACAGCAAAUGUUGGACGUUUACCGCACUAGGUGUCUGUUCGUAUGCGGAGACCCGGUUACCUUCGAACAGAUCAUGCUAAAGAGAGACGCUGAAAGGAAAGCGUUUACCGAGAUGGCUUCUCUGAAACAAGCCGAAACCAUGGAGAAAAUCGUUGCUGAACGAAAACGUCUAGCACAGUUGAUAGUAGCAGAAAAGCAGCAUUCCCUCCGAGUGCUCGAGGCAGCUAUGGCUGAAGCGAAAGCUGCUAAAAGAAAAGCCCAACGCCCGGAAAAAGUACUCAGUGAAUUAGAAGUAGCAGCAGAUAAAGCUGCCGAAGAGGUAGAUUCUAAACUUAGAGAUGAUGAAAGGGACAAAAUAAUGGAGUAUUAUUCGAAAUUGAAUAUGGAGGUUGAAAAAAGUAAAAUGCACACCGAAUGGAAAAUCAAACGUUUGCAAUUAGAUCAAAGCAGAAUGCAGCUGCUCUCUACCGAAGAGAGAAAUUUAAAACGAGAAAAAUUAGAGUUGGAGCAUCAGAAGAACGAAGAAAUCAUGGCUAUGUCAAUACAGAGCUUCGACCCUAAAUCCGAAGACGAGAUAGAAAGUAAAGUUGAUGAUAAGAAUGUCGAAGAUAAAAUGUCUAUAUCCACCAAUUCAGUGACUAUGCUAGAAAUCGAUGAAAGUCCUCAACCAACUGAAUUCACUCAGAAUAAAAUGAAAUCUCAAACGUCUAGUGAUGUAUUCAACGCUAUUUGUAACGUCGCAAAGAGCUUUUUCGGUGUCACGAAACGGGAAGAUAGCAAAAAUGAUGAUAACACAAAGGAGUUAGAUUCCCAAGGCAAUGUUGUUUCCGAAAUUAAUUCAAACAAUGCAAGGAAACAUCAGUACGAUGAAAAUCAAUUGGCCGAAAAUAAUUUGCAGUACAUAAAGUCACGGCGGGAAGCCUUUUUGAACAAACAGAAAGUUAUGGCUCACGAAUUCGGCCAAACGGAUAACGAGAAUAAUCAAUUGAAUGAUCCGCCACUGAUCAAUGUCAUUACUGUGGACGAAGAAAAUAAUAUACAAGAUGAUUCGCGCGCUUUCGUUGAAGCGAAACGUAAUAAAUUAAAAGUUCUUGGAACCGAAUUCGGAAUGAAGCCAGAUGAGAAAGUUAUUAAUACAGGACCAAGAACGGACGCUCAAAGGGAAGCCCUGAUAAACAAGCAGAAAGUGUUAGGCGUUGAAUAUAAUUUGCCGGCCGAAGUAUUUCACAAACGCGAACCAGCAAACGUAGCUCAAGAGGAGGCCCUGCGUAACAGAACUAAAGUGCUGACAUCGGACCAGGAAGCGAACAAACCGAUCAGUCCAAAACGCGAAGCCACCAAACGAUCCGGCCUCACAUUGAAUUUGAAACCUUACAUUGAAACUGUUAAAGUUCAGAACGUUUCUACACCUAAUCUAGGAUCUAUAACUCCCGGAGAUCUAUUUCCUCGUCUUGAUUUAGAAACACCGACCACAGCGGACAUACCGCCAGAAGGGCCUAUGACUGGCGACGUUUUCACACCCCGAAGUGACGGAAAAGACCUAGAAACUACUGGAAUAAAAUGCAAAGUUGAUAAAGAAUUUAUCACUUCAGAAGGGUUUAACUUCCCAGUUCUAGAUGACGAGUCUGUUGGGCCGGAGAAUACUAGCGAUGGACAAACUGAGGAAUUUGUGGAAACCUCUCCGACUAAAGGCACGGAUAUCGAAGUCGAAAGUAUCAAAAACAAAUAUUCAUUUUUCAACAUACUCGAUGGUUCCUAUGAUCUCGAUGAUUUUGAUCCUUUUGGUGUGAAAGAGUUAACGAAAUAUUCAAAAGAUCCUUUCACUAGUAAAAUGGAUUUAGAAAUGAAAAGCUCAAGCUACACCCACCCUGCUCUUAUAAUGGAGGAAGUAAAAAAGAAACCAUAUUCGAACAUAUUUUUGACCCGCUCCGAUGCCAAACAUAAUGACGCCAGUAACAUAUCAUGUGAUAACAUUGCAACACUGACAGCGUGCUUGCAACGUUCCGUAAUGUUGCCACUAACGUACCAGCUAGAAGUCGUUAAUAAUUCUAUUUUGACGUACUUCUUGGUCAAUCUGGACAUAUACGAGCAUUUGAGGAGUUUGAAGGAUUACUUCUUUCUGAUGGACGGUGAAUUUUCUCGGAGCAUAUGUCACAAUCUGUUUAGUAAAUUAUCGAAGACGUUAAAUCCCCAGGAGCUUUUGAAUUUUGCCACGUUACACAAUAUCCUGGAUAAGGCACUCGGUUCGUCUAUAUCUCAUAUUCAUAAAUUCUCGGAGAAUGUUUCGUUUACAAUAACCGAAUCUCCUCUAAGUUUCCAACACAGCUCCCCCGAUGUACUGCAAUGCUUGUCCUUGACGUAUACGGUCACGUGGCCGCUGAACAUUAUCCUGUCCCAAGAGGCAUUGCUGCGCUACGCCAAAGUAUUCCAGUUUCUGGUCAAAAUGAGGAGGAUAUCCUGGGUGCUCGGAGAAGAUUUUGAGAAUCUGAAAUUGGCCGUGAAACUUUCGCGGGAGCACUCCCGGAGGCUGUUGCGUUCGCCUCACUACAUCUCUAUACAAAUUUACCGGCACAUAAUGGCGUCCAUGGUCCGCGCGCUCGACAACUACAUCGUGGCGACGUGCAUCUUGUCCUCGUGGACCGAAUUCGAGAAUGAUUUGAAGAAAGCGAGAACUCUAGACGACCUAUACGAAUGUCAUGUCGUUUACAUAAAAAAAGUUUUGUUCAGAUGUCUGCUGAACAACAGGUCGACGCCCGUAAUGAAGUUGUUGAACGACAUGUUUACGGUGAUCCUGAAGUUUAGCAGAGUAUUGAAGGCGGGGGAAUGGCAGGAGAACAAUUCGAACGCAUAUUUCACACACUCAAGUUUUGUACAGCUCGAAGAAUUGUUCCAUUUGUUCGAGAAACUAGCGAAAUAUCUUCACAAAGUGGUCACCAAGUUAAUGGAGUGCGGGUAUCAAAGGCAUCUCGUGGAACUACUCAUUAUGACCAACCUGAACGGAUAUUACAACUCUGAUAAGCCCAAUAACACGACAGUUCAGUCCGCGUAGUGCAUUUUGGUUAUUAACGAAUCUACCCACACUAAUGUGAUUUAGCAAAACGCACCCUAUGACUAAAAAGUGAAGGCUCAUAAUCGCUCGGAAUGCUGUUGUAAUUAACCUGCAUUAAAAAAGAGUUCGUUGUUCCGGUCAAGGUACACAUGAUUAGAGUUUUCUCAAAAGCACAACAAGACUGCUGAUUCGUAAAAAGACUGUGUUUUUGUAUUUAAUUCAUAAGAAAAAUAUUCCAAACUGACAGACAACUCUUGAUAUGUCCUUGUUAAACGCGUUGAUAGCUUGUAGAGGAGUCUCUGGUUGGGUUGAAAGCUUUUUUUAUGGUCCUGGAUCGGUGGACAAGUUCACAACUCUUCAGAAUCAUCAUUAUCAGUCCGCUGAUGUUGGCUGCUAGAUACAGACGUCCCACAGGCUUCACCAUAAUGGUCAGUCCAUUUCGUGGCAAACCUAUCCGUGGUGCAUACGAGUAAGUACGAUAACUCCAGCUUUCUUCUAUACUGGCCUUUAGGUGACGGUAUGCCUUCUGAUAAACCCUUCCGUGAGCGACCAUGUCAUUAAUGGCAAGUCACACGAUGCACCUGAUAUUAACACUAAUCAUACCAACACUUACUGGUACUUAUUUCUACCAUAGCAGGUAGACAGCGGUAUGCGACAAAUAUUACUCAAAAUAAACAAAACAAUACCAAAAAAAAAAUUUGUAUAAUAAUUGUAGAUUAAGAAAGAAAAAGUCAUGAAAUGAAAUGUGCCAAAGCAGAUGAUGCGUGCAUUUUUAAUGAAAAAGUUCAAAAUUGGUCAUUUGACCCGUUAUGGUAUGUUUAAUGUUAAAUGGUUACCAUAGACAGGAUAUGAGAACGUCUAUAUAGUAAAUGCCACUAAUUAAUUACCUUGAGAUAUGAAGUCCAAUUCUCAAUUCUAUAGCGACAGUAUAUUUCGAACUGGAACGCAUGAUUUCUUCGCGGCAGAUAAAGGUAGGACGCCUAAAAACGCGAGAGAAUUUCUCGUGUAAAAAAUCUAAGACUUUUUUGGUGAUAUUAUUUUAUGAGUUAGUAAUGUAAUGUGCUGGCGUGCUCUCUAUAUAGUAAUUAAAUUAGAUCUAAUAUAAGUUUGCCACCAAACAAACCAAACUCUGGUUGCAAAUAGAUUAUUACAGUUUUGCUUUAAUUGUUAAAAGAAACUUGGUGUUGCUAUGAAUCUUAUAUAAAGUUAGUUUUAAUUAGUUAAAUUAGUUGAUAAAACAAAAAAGAGCAUGUAGUUAGUAGGUACUCUGCCGUGUUUCGGUUCAAGAUUUUCAAAACUAAACUUGAAAAAAACUAACAAUUUUAACAAAACAAUAAGUGUAACUUUCAAAAAAUAUAUGAGUUUAGAACAUGCUUUAACUCAAAACGUGUUUUCAUUAUAGCGUGUAGCAUUUUUUUUAUCUAAAAUAUUGAUUAUUUAUAAUAAUGUUAACACUUCAGUUAGUAGCGAUAAUAGUAUAACAGUUGCAUUUUUAUGUAUUAUAUAGAAUCAAGUUGUUACUUGUUUGUGAAGAGCUUUUUAGUUAACAACGAUCGUCUCAAGAAGAUUAAAAAUAUGAUUAUACUUAAUUCCAUAGAAGAUAUAAAUUUCGAAAACUUGCGUUGUUAUUGUUUAGAUUGUUAUAUGGUUCUGUUGCUUUUAUGAGUUGACAAAAAUAUAUGUUAUUAAUAACUAUGAAUGUUAAAUACACCUUGUUUACAUCAUGAAUAGUGUUGUUCUAAUUGUUAUUUUGUGUCAAGUUAAAUAAUUGGCAUUUCAGAUAUGCGGUAAAAGCAAAAAUACAGUAAAUUGUACGCAUUACUUUGUGGCGUGAAUGACAUAAAUAUGUCAUACAAAUUCUAUUAGCCUUUCUUAAGUAAAAAAAAAGUCGAACGUAAAACAAACUUUUACUGAAACAAACGAAUACUAAAUUAAUAUACAUUACAUAUUACACUAAUAAAAAUAAUUUAAGUUUUGUAGGUUCUAAUGCUAUUUAUUACUAGGUUUUGCUUUGCUUAAUGCAAAGACGGUGCAAAAACAUUGAAUUUUUUAGUUUAUCAAAAUAAUAAGGUGUAUUAUACAAACUAAAAUAAAAUAUAUAUUUUUUACGAAAUCAUGUGUAUUUACACAAAUAAAAAUAUAACAAAAUAUUAUACAACUUUACAAAUUGACAUGGUACAAAUUUUAUUUAGUUCAAAAUAAUUGUCGAUGAAUGAAUCUGAUCCGUUCCCACCAAUCUUGUGAUAGUUUUUAAUUUAUAAAAAUGUUUUUAUUGAAAUUAAGCUAUUAUUGCCAUUAAUUCUGCUUGAAUAAAGUAUUAAAAUAUAAAA